UCGGGCCCGACCGCUCUGGGCCGCGCUCCUCACUCGUCCUCCGACUCGGCUCCGGCUGCGAGCGGUAGCCCUGCCCGCGCCCAGCGCCAAGCCGCCGGGCUCCCCGCGCCCGACCCAGCAGCUCGGCUCCCCGGGGCCGGACUGAGGCCGCAAGCAGCGCCGCGGGGUGUGGGGCGGACCCAGGAGAUGAAAUGACAACGUCAACCCUCCAGAAAGCCAUUGAUCUGGUGACGAAAGCCACGGAGGAGGAUAAAGCCAAGAAUUACGAGGAGGCACUCCGGCUCUACCAGCAUGCUGUGGAGUAUUUCCUACAUGCUAUCAAAUAUGAGGCACACAGCGAAAAGGCCAAGGAGAGCAUUCGAGCCAAGUGCAUGCAGUACCUAGACCGGGCGGAGAAGCUGAAGGAUUACUUACGAAGCAAAGAGAAGCAUGGCAAGAAGCCAGUCAAAGAAAAUCAGAGUGAGAGCAAGGGUGAUAGUGACAGUGAAGGGGAUAAUCCCGAGAAAAAGAAAUUGCAAGAACAACUGAUGGGUGCUGUUGUGAUGGAGAAGCCCAACAUUCGGUGGAGUGAUGUGGCUGGGCUGGAGGGGGCCAAGGAGGCCCUCAAAGAAGCUGUCAUUUUGCCAAUUAAAUUCCCACACUUGUUCACAGGCAAGCGUACACCUUGGCGAGGGAUACUGCUCUUUGGACCCCCUGGCACAGGGAAAUCCUACCUGGCCAAAGCGGUGGCCACAGAGGCCAAAAACUCCACCUUCUUCUCUGUGUCCUCCUCAGACUUGAUGUCUAAGUGGUUGGGGGAGAGUGAGAAGCUCGUCAAGAACCUGUUUGAGCUGGCCAGGCAGCACAAGCCCUCCAUCAUCUUCAUCGAUGAGGUGGAUUCCCUCUGCGGGUCCCGCAAUGAAAAUGAGAGCGAGGCUGCCCGAAGGAUCAAAACGGAGUUCUUGGUCCAGAUGCAGGGGGUGGGGAAUAACAACGAUGGGACUCUGGUUCUUGGUGCCACCAAUAUCCCCUGGGUGUUGGAUUCAGCCAUUAGAAGGAGGUUUGAAAAGCGGAUUUACAUUCCGCUGCCUGAGGAGGCUGCCCGUGCCCAGAUGUUCCGGUUGCAUCUGGGGAGCACUCCCCACAACCUCACGGAUGCCAACAUCCACGAGCUGGCCCGGAAGACAGAAGGCUACUCAGGUGCUGACAUCAGCAUCAUUGUGCGGGACUCCCUCAUGCAGCCUGUCAGAAAAGUUCAUUCAGCAACACACUUCAAAAAGGUCUGUGGCCCUUCCCGCACCAACCCUAGCGUUAUGAUCGAUGACCUCCUGACCCCAUGCUCACCAGGGGACCCAGGGGCCAUGGAGAUGACUUGGAUGGAUGUCCCUGGUGACAAACUCUUAGAGCCUGUGGUUUGCAUGUCGGACAUGCUCCGGUCUCUGGCCACCACUCGGCCCACCGUGAAUGCAGACGACCUCCUGAAAGUGAAGAAAUUCUCAGAGGACUUUGGACAGGAGAGUUAAAAAUUUCUUCACUUGGUGACGGUGAAGGUGGGAGGUUGAUUGGGGUAAUAAAUCCAUGGCACUCCCCAAGUCAGUGGCCAGACAGCGCUCCAGGGCUCGUCUUCACGUCACUGCAGCGGCCCCUCUGCUGUCUGGCCGCCGGCCAGGGAGCAGGCAGGAAGGGCCUCCCUGGCCACAGAGACACAAGCACAUUCAGCACUGGGUGGAGUACUGGUCCUUCCUCCUUCCUCUCCUCCUCCUCCUCUUCUUCUGGAUGCUCACCAACUCCUUGUCCUGCCUCUCUGUGGUUUUUGUUUUUUUUAAACCUUUCUUUGUUCCCCUAAAUUAAUGCUGCUUGGAUUUUUGUCUUGUUUAUAAAUAAAGUUCAGAUCUCCCAGAAGCAUCAAGGAGUGGGAGCAGCCCGUACUGUGGGGUUGCCGCAGACCUUCAGGAUGGCCUGCAGCUCCCUUCGCCUGUCCCUUCUAACCCGAAUUUUACUCCUUGUGAACACAAUGGCUGAUGCCCUGGGGUGCCAGCCCAAGCCCUGCCUGUGAAGGCCAAGAGUAAAACCAAGCCAUUCCCACCCUCCUAGGUCAGCAUCCCGGGCCGUAUGUGUCCCCUGCAGGAGGAGAGGGUGGUUUUUGUGAGCGCAAAGCUCUAGCUCAGAAGGAGUGAAGGUAGUCAGGUGGGUUUUACUGCUGCAUUUUCUUCCCUCUCAGUGUGGGAACACUGAACCCCGCCAAUGCCCCUGGCUCCCUGCCCUGGAAAUGGGCUAAUAAAUCCUUUUCCCUCUUGA